AUGGAUGCUAUCAUUAUCUCCAAGUUUGGAGGGCCUGAAGUCCUCGAGAUUCAGAAAGUGACCAAACCAGAACCUGUUAAGGGAGAGGUUCUGAUACGGGUCUUUGCCUUCGGUGUAAACCAUGCGGAGAUGCACAUGCGCAAAGGUGAAUGGGAUGAAUGGAACCCUAUCUCCGGCUUGGAAUGCGCUGGAGUCGUCGAAGCUUGCCCGGGGGGCGAGUUAGAGUCCGGCACUAAGGUCGUUGGCGUCAUGGGAGGUAUGGGGAGAAAUCGUCCCGGGGGAUAUGGCUCAUAUGUCAAUGUCCCAGUUGCGAACGUGGUCCCAAUCAAAACAGAGCUUCCUUGGGAGUACCUCGCAGCUAUCCCCGAAGUUUAUUCCACGGCAUACUCUUGCCUUUUCACCGUUCUCGACUUGAAGCCCGGCGAGUCGUUACUCAUCCGCGGAUCCACCUCUACCAUUGGCCAGGCAGCUCUUCAUUUGGCAGUUGACGCGGGUGCUCGGGUCACGGCGACAACAAGGCGAGAGGCGCGAUUCAGCUUUGUGAAGGAUAUGGGCGCCGUAGACGCCAAAGUAGAACACAAGGGCCUUCAAUCCGCAUUCCCCAGCGGCUUCAAGUUCGACAAAAUCCUGAACCUCAUUGGCAACACCGUUCUCCUGGAAUCCAUCAGUUUGACUCGAGCUGGCGGACGCAUGUUGCAAGCGGGAUGGUUGGGCGGAUUGGAACCCGUUCCCAACUUCAACCCCAUGGUUGAGAUGAAACCCGGUGUUCACUUUAGCUUAUUCCACAGCAAAGUACUGGGCUCGCCUGAGUUUCCCAUGUCCAACAUUCCCCUCCAGGAGAUAGUCACCAAGAUUGAGAAGGGCGCGUGGGAUGCCAGACCAGCGUUUGUUUUCGAGUAUAAGGACAUUCAGAAGGCGCAUGAGAUGCUGGACUCUCACAAUGCUGGAGGAAAGAUUGUGGUCAAACAUUAG